AUGGCAGGACAAACCAAUUACUGCUACGGCCAAUACUAUUACAGCCAAUACAAGAAGCGAUCUGCUGCUGCAGCUGUUCAGACCUUUGGGAAUUUCGUGAUCAUUAUGAUGAUCAUCCAAAUUAAUCUUCUUGCAUUCGGCACAAUCGUGCUUUGCAACUCUACCAGGAUAAACAACAGCGAAUGCCGGAUUGAAAUAUGCAUCAACUCCAUGAACAAUCAACUUGCCAUCAUUGUAGAUUUCCCAGUUCAUAAUCUUGACAUCGUUGAUGGAAGAUUCAUUGUUAUGGAGAGUCUUGACCAGAGGAGGGGCGUUCGUGAGGAGGUGGUAUCAGAGCUAGCUACAAGCCAUUGGGACAUGACUAAGAAUCAGGAGGAAGCUCUGAGAAGGGAACUCACUGAGUUGGGGAGUGUGAUGAGGACUUUUGCCAAUAAAAAUGAUGGGGUAGAACAGUCGAUAAGGGCAAUGGAACAUAGGCGGGAGAGCACAGAUAGGGCCAUAAAAAAUUUAGAUCAGAAAUAUGAAGGGAUGAUGAACAUGAUGGCUCAGAUCAUGGCCAAACUAAAUGACAAAGGAAAGGAGGUAGAAGGGGGUAGUUCUGGGAGUGAGACUAGGAUAGCAGUCACCACAGAUACAGCUGAGAGGGUGGGGAGUAAAGGUGGAGCCAGGCUACCAAAGAUGGACUUCCCUGCAUUCGAUGGAAACAGCCCCAGAGAGUGGGUUAGAAGGGCGAACAAAUACUUCCAGAUCCAUGGAGUGGAGGAAGGCCUGAAGUCAGACAUUUCUCAGCUCCAUUUCCAGGAGAAGGCAGACAUCUGGUUCCAUGGCAUGUACCACGAGAAGGGGGUAGUCCCAUGGAAGGAACUAGCAAUGGCAGUCUGUGAGAGGUUUGGAGAGGGAGAUCCAGAGGAGGCCAUAGAGGAAUUCAACAAACUGAUGCAGACAGGAAGUGUCACUGAGUACCUAGAGAAGUUUGAACAACUGAAAUCUAUGGUAAUGUUAUCUCUCCCUGGUCAACCUGAUUCCUAUUACAAAUCAUGUUUCCUUAGUGGCUUAAAGGAGGAAAUAGUAAGUAUGGUUAGGAUGACCAGACCCCACACCUUAGCAGACACCAUUGAGGCUGCAAAAUUGCAGGAAAGGAACCUGGAAGCCAUUAGGAAAACACAGGGAAAGAUGAUGCACAAAUAUACGCCCUCACCUGGUAUCCCACCUAUUAACAAACAAAACUUCACCCCACAUACCAAAAUGAAGUGGCCUAACUUCCAGUAUAAGAAACCAGAGACUUUUUCCAACCAAAACACCAAAACAGGAACUCAUACAGCAAACCAAUUCAGAAAAAUCACCCCCUCUGAACUAAGUUACAGGAGGGAAAAGGGGUUGUGUUUCAAGUGUGCAGAGCCAUAUACACUGGGGCAUAUCUGCAAACAAGCUCACCUAAAUUACAUGCUGAUAGAUGAUCCAUGGGGAGCAGGGGAGAACUCAGAUGAACCAGGGAAGGAGACAGAGGAAUUCUGUGAUUGUCCAGAAGGGGAAUUGAGUAAUCAAAACAUAGAAGUGUCCAUUCAUGCGUUGGCAGGAGGGACUGAGCAUAAGACACUUAAACUUAAGGGUAAGAUAGCAGGAAUGGAGAUCAUAAUUCUGGUAGAUAGUGGGAGUACUCACUGUUUUAUUGAUGAGAGGUUAGCAGAAACCAUACAACUACCAGCUAUUGGGAAUCCAUUAACAGUCAGGGUUGCCAAUGGUGAGCAACUAGAGUCCAGACAGUUACAGGGAGCCGUACAGUGGGAAAUGCAGGGAAACAAAUUCACACAUCAAUUCAAUACCUUGAAACUAGGAAGCUGUCAUAUGGUCCUUGGAGUAGAUUGGCUAGCCAGGUAUAGCCCUAUUAAGUUUGAUUUCAGGCAGCUCUCCAUGAGGUUCCUGCAAGGAAGGCAACCAGUGGAGUUGAAGGGAGAAGUCAGCAAACUCAAGCUCAAGGCCAUCAAGGGGAGUAAACUAACAAAAUGGAGGAAAAAACAGGCAUAUGGAAUAUCUGCCCAGCUGUGUGUGUUGGAGGAAGGGAAGGAGGACACUGAAGUAAUACCAGCAGAGAUGAAGAGUUUGCUGGACAAAUUUGAAGGAGUAUUUGCUGAACCUCAAGGCAUGCCUCCCAGGAGGAGCCACGACCAUAGCAUCCCACUGAAGCAAGGAGCUACCCCAUUCCAGGUCAGGCCAUACAAGUGCCCUUAUGUACAGAAAUCAGAAAUAGAAAGGUUGGUGAAAGAAAUGCUACAAAUGGGAAUCAUUCAGCCUAGUAAUAGCCAUUUUGCAUCUCCAGUAUUACUAGUCAAGAAAAAAGAUGGUAGUUGGAGGUUCUGUGUAGAUUACAGACAACUGAAUGAACUCACCAUGAAGGACAAAUUUCCUAUGCCUCUAAUAGAUGAGCUUCUGGAUGAACUGCAUGGCUCAAAAUACUUCACCAAAAUUGACUUGAGGGCUGGAUAUCAUCAGAUCAGGGUCAAGGUGGAGGAUAUACACAAGACAGCUUUUAGGACUCACCAAGGCCUUUAUGAAUUCAAGGUUAUGCCCUUUGGGCUGACGAAUGCUCCAGCAACAUUCCAGAGCCUUAUGAAUCAUGUUUUCAGGGAUCAACUAAGGAGGUAUGUCUUGGUCUUCUUUGAUGACAUACUAAUUUACAGCCCCUCCCUGGAAGUACACCUACAGCAGGUAGCAGAAGUGUUGAAUCUAUUGCAGGAACACCAACUUUAUGCCAAGAAAAGCAAAGGCUCUUUUGCACAAACAGAGGUGGAGUACCUUGGCCACAUUAUCUCAGGAAAAGGAGUGAGGGCAGAUCCCAAGAAGGUGGAAGGAAUGAUGAACUGGCCCACACCAACCUCUGUCAAGGAGCUCAAAGGAUUCCUUGGUCUAACAGGAUAUUACAGAAGAUUUGUAAAGGGGUACGGGGCUACUGCAAAACCUCUCACCAUGUUACUAAAGAAGGAUGGGUUCCACUGGAUUGCAGCAGCAGAUGAGGCUUUUUAG